AUGGACAGCUUGGUUCCAGAUGAUCCCGGGACUUUGCGACGUCGGGCCUCCUCGCCACAACUCAGGAGGGAGUCACCUGGUCUUUUGGCAUGUGGAAAGCUGGAGAAGUUUGUGUUGAAAAAUCAUGCCUCCAAGUUGCUUUGCCGGAUAGGCAACGAAUUGCGGGACAGCCGGAUGACGGAUGUAACCCUAAUUGCAGGAGACCCGGAUCUGGAGUCUGACAUUUCCGCCCCUUCAGUGACCAUUGCAAAGAUAGACCAGAAUCUCGACUUUCGGCCGAUGAGUGGAACACACGAGAACAAGGUGGUUAUUCAACGUUUGAUAAACAGGUUUUUGAAAUAA